GGUCUCGAGCGCGUCUCGCCUUCGUCGGAGAUCCCGUCCUGUUCCGGAAGAGGAUGAGCAGUAACCAGUUCAACAAGGGUCCCAGCUACGGCUUGUCUGCGGAAGUCAGAAAUCGGCUUGCCCAGAAAUAUGACCCACAGAAGGAAGCAGAGUUACGGGUAUGGAUAGAAAACCUCACAGGGAGGCAGAUUGGCCCUGAUUUCCAGAAGGGUCUGAAAGAUGGCGUCAUACUUUGCGAAUUAAUAAACAAACUACAGCCUGGUUCAGUAAAGAAGAUCAACACCUCCGCUCUCAACUGGCAUCAGCUGGAGAAUCUCUCCAACUUUAUCAAGGCCCUAAUUAGCUAUGGCUUGAAGCCCGUCGAUCUGUUUGAGGCCAACGAUCUGUACGAGAGUGGAAACAUGACACAAGUGCAGGUGUCACUCCUUGCUUUGGCAAGCAUGGCGAAAACAAAAGGGAUUGCAAGUGGGAUGGACAUCGGGGUGAGAUAUUCAGAGAAACAGGAGAGAUCCUUUGACGAUGCAAAACUCAAGGCUGGACAUUGUGUCAUUGGCCUGCAGAUGGGCACCAACAAGUGUGCUAGCCAGUCAGGAAUGACCGCCUAUGGAACCAGGAGGCAUCUCUAUGACCCUAAGAACCAGAUACUACCUCCAAUGGACCAUUCGACCAUUAGUUUGCAAAUGGGUACCAAUAAGUGUGCCAGCCAGGUGGGCAUGACAGCGCCAGGAACCCGCCGGCACAUCUAUGAUUCCAAGCUGGGCACCGAUAAAUGCGAUGACAGUUCCAUGUCCCUCCAGAUGGGGUACAACCAGGGGGCCAACCAGAGUGGUCAGGUGUUUGGUUUGGGCCGCCAAAUCUAUGACCCCAAGUAUUGCCCCCAAGGCAACCCUGGGGAGGUGGCCAACACCACCUCAAACGAGGACCAGAACUCAGCCAACUAUUAUUACUAUCAGGAGGACCAGUGAGCUGGAUUUAUUCUCUCCCUCACCCUCUUUUUUCUUCUUUUCCUAAACCACCACUGGGCAAUUCCUGGCAAAGUCCAGCAAUACUGCAGUGUAUGUAUUUUUAACCUUUUAAAAGGGAAAAAAGAGUUGUCCAAGCUACAUUUCCCUUCUACCCCCCCCCCAAGGAUAGGAAAAAAUAAAGGUGUUCAUCCUUUUUUUAAAAAAAAGAAAUAGAGUACAGCUGAUCCUUAAGAUUACAAGGGUCAGAGGAAAGGCUGUGGAAACAUCCCCUGUCGCCCAAACUUACCUCUAGAUACUGGAAGUAAUAAACUCUGUGUAAAGAUGUAGUUUUGAUUUUACACUUUUAAAAAAUCAACACUUUUACAUCCUGGACAAAUUAUUUAAAUUAUACAUGUGCAUGUGGAGAGGGUUGCAAAAUUUAACCUGGUGUUACCAGAUACAGGAAGCAAUUUCUGAAGCCUGAAAAAUCGCUUUUUACAGCUGUAAUUGGACACAGUGCCUAGUUAGGAUUUUUUAGACCAUGGUUUGUUGAACAAGCCAGAGAUCACUGGAAACCUAAUGUUCCUGCUUCUGGCCUGUAUAGCUUGCAUUGCCUGAGUGAAAUUUGGUAUGGUUGGUUUCUGUGGACUUCGUAUAAUGCCCCACCCCACCCCAUUGCGGCCUUAGCCUGCUUCUUCCAAGUGUCAUAAGGAGAUGUUGAAGGAGAAAUAAAAUCUCUUCCUUCCCAACAACCAGAAAUUUUUCUUGGUUCCCACUUAGUCCUGCACAGAAUUUUCCCUGUUCAAUUUCGGGCCAAUCAGAGUAGCUGAUACCUGGCUGGAUGGACCAAUAACAAGGCACCUUCACUUCCCCAUACUUCCAGUUGUGCUUUCACACCCAUGAGAUCCAGAAAUGGGAGGAGACUUCUUUCUUCCUGCGCUCAAUGGGAAUUACGCUGGUUACCUUUUCAUACUCUGCGAGGUGAGCACAUCUAGGCUACAGAAAUCCAGACAACAGCUAGAUGACGGCAGAUACAUACUGGAAACUCAAUUUUUGCUGCAGUCUAACUGCUGUCCAGAUUUGCAGCCCUGGAAUUGGGUUGCAAAGUAAACCAGAAGCCUUCAUGGCUGAAACAAAAUCAUGUAAUGGACAUUUAUAGGCAUUUGAUUAGAGCGCUGAAAUGUUCCUUAACAAAGAAUAUUUCCCUCAUAUUAAAUGGCUAUGCUGCCUUCACCAGCCUGGUGGCUAUUGGAUAUGUUGGAUUAUGAACCCCAUCCCCCCACACUUCAGUUCCCAGCCAGCACUGUUUGGGAAUUCCAUAAAUUGCAGUCUAACAAUCUAGGCUGGUAGAAAAUGGUGCUAAAGGUAUAAAAGUGGAAUGUGAAGAGAAGGCUGGCAGCUGCCUAGCAGAGAAUAGAAGCUUUGUUACCUUAAACUAGUUUGGUGGACCAAACCUAAUUUGCUUUCCAGAAUAUUUCCAUAAUUCUGUCUAGAAGCUUGGCAUUUUUUGAUUCUCACCAUUUUUUCCCCUCUUUGGAAUCUGUAUCCAAUUUUUGAUCAAAGCUGAUGAAGCAUAGGAAGUGGAUGCUAGUUAUAAUCAUUUUUUCUUAUGGCACUUAAAUUGUAAUGGGUUCUCUGGUUUAAUUCAUCCUCGUUCUGAUGCUACAAAAAGGAGUUUGAAACCUCUCUCCAUUGUCUGCUCUGAUAUUCAGUUACAUCAAAUCUAUUUGCCCUUCUGGGAGCAAAUGAUUGACACCUUUUUCAAAAGCUAGCUACUUACUGGUGUCACAGGGAUGAUGCUGGAUUAAUUUUUUAAAAAUAUUUCUUGUACUGGAAGACUAGCAAUGUGUAGCUGUCUGUCUUCAUCAUUUUUAAGAUUUGAUUCUGCAAGGGUCACUGUUACGCGCGCUAUGUCCAUAGGGAUGUAGCGAUUUCACAUUGCAGGGGAGGGGGUGUCUAACCUGUUGAGGUCUAGGAGCUUGAAAAAAGCUUUCAGAAGUCGAGUCCUGUUUUUCUCCUCUGCCCCCUCCUCUGUUUGAUAGGGCUUAAUAUUUUUUUCUGCUGCUAUACAACAGAUCAAGGGACCAUGACUUUUCCUUAUGCCAAAGUAAAGCUUUUAAGUCUGUCUAAGUAUCUACAUAGUACAUAAAGCUUUCUUAGCAGAAAUGAAUUGGGUGCCUAUCCUAGGUUUUAGCCCAUGCAGAGAGAGACCGAAUUUACGUAACAUGUUAAGCUGAACAUGUAGUGCUUGGUGAAGCAUUGCUAACUGUGCCGUUGCUUGCAAACACGGAAGUUAUUCAGAACUUAGUAAUUAACUCUGGGAGUUAUCUUUCUCCAUAGCAGCUUUGUGGGAGGAUAAAAUUCAAUGCAUUUGGGGCUCCAAGAGUGGGAUUGGAAGCAUUGGGCCAAUUGAUUACACAACUGGACACCAUAUUAAGGGGGAAUCUGGUCUACAGGCUUCUUUGAUCAAGCCUACCUCUGGUUUCAUAGGGAUUGCUAGCUGAUGCAUCAAUCAAGAGGUAGAAGUGGCUCUAGUCCACAUACUUUUUUCUCAGAAUUUAGGCUUUGAAGAUGCCACAAGGCUCUUGGCCGUGAGCAGUGUCAGUGCAUGGUCUCUGGCAUUUGACUUGCCCAGAGGUGCAUUUUGUUAAUGAAGGUAUUUAAAUCUCUUAAAAGCCUUUAUUUUAACCCAGCUUUCCUCUAUUUUAAUUAUCCAUGUUCUUCCUUUUAAAUAAAAAACUGGAUCUGCUCUUCUGUAACCAUAUGGAUGGAGCUAUGUACAUUUCUCUGGCAGAAAAACUGAGGCAGAAAGCUGUCUCGCCUGAGAAAUAGCAGUAGGACUGAUGGACAAAAUGUGAACCUGCAAUAUUUGAAUUUAAACAAUUAAAGGGCUUCAAAAGCAAAA